AUGCGGCCUCGCGCUGCUGACAUGCGGCCUCGCCACCGCCGACCGGCUCCUCCACCGGACGAGUUCUGCCCCGAGGUUCCCUUGAUGUGGAAGCGACAGCUUCGCAAGGCUCCAAGACUUCCACGUUUGGACAAGAUGAGACUCACCACGGCGAGCGAGCGCUUGCUGCAGCGGAAGCGCUUGCCGAAAGGCCAAUGGUGGGACUCGAUAGUUGCUUUGGUUCCUUCAGAAGCAGUUGGCGCUUCAACGCCUACGCAGAUGCAGAUAUCAUCGAAAGCUAGCAGCGUUGGCGACGACUCCUGCCGCUCUGACGUGCAAGCUGCCGUUGCAAAAUCUCUUUUGGCAGAUAUCAUGGUGGCACAGGCAGAAUCAGAAGGCAAUGACGCAGCAACGUGGACUGAUGUUGAUCUUGAUCUCAACUUUGCCGAUCUGCGCUCUGCGGAUGUGAGCAACGUCGUCGCGCAGGUGUUCGUAACACAGCUGACGACACCUUCGCCUGACAGUGGGAAACACUCCGGCUCCGCUCGGGAACUGGCAAGGAGCCCCGAGGAUGGCCUGCACUCUGAGAUUGCCCAAGAGCUGGCCUACCAGAUUGUGGCGAGGUCACUCGACCGUGCAUGCAGUGCCGUCUCGCAAAUCACCCGCGGCGAGUAUGAACAUGAAGCUUCAGAAGACGAGGGUUCUGUGGCUCGAAUUGCGAGAGAUGUGGUCUCGAUCGCUGGUAAACCACAUGAGAGGCCGCCAAGAUUGUCUGCUGCUUCGCAGCAUGAACUGUCUGAUGCGAAUACCGAGUCAAUUGCUGCCCGAUCUGUUGCCAGGCAGGCAAUUGCUCCGCUUAUGCAUGAAUUGAGAUGGGGUGGCUAUCGGGAAGAGCCGCACAGUGCUGACUCGAGUCCUGGGGAUUUGGAGAUGGCAGCCUUGAUUCAGAAUGCCAUUGCUUCCACGAUGGCUCGUGGAUUCACCCUGACACCUGAACCGGUAAGCUUGCACGGUGGCGACGAAUCGCACCAUGACAGCAACCUGAACACGGAGUCAAUGGUUGCAAACUCGAUUGUGCGCCAGGCUGUCCUGCCACACCUAGCUGAUUCUGCCGCUGGUGAUCCAGCACGGAGCAGUCGCACAGCUGGCAUUGAAGAGAACAUCAGAGUAGCUCCGUCCGACGUUGGCAGUGCACAUGCCGUGGCGAGAGAUCUGGUGACCUCUGCUAGCAGGCAGCAAGCGGACGAGAGUCGGUCUGCCACUCCCCACUCACAUGCUGUGAUCUCGGACAACACGGAGUCGCAGGUUGCGAACUCGAUUGCUCGGCAAGCCCUUCUUCCACACCUUGCUGAUUCUGACAGUGGCACUCCAGCUCAGACAGCUGGCGUGGAAGAGGUGUACCCACCAUCUGCUCCAUCAGUCCAUGACUGUGAGAGGCCAGAAGGAGCUGCUCGCAGUGUUGCACGCGAAGCCGCGGAUCAGCUCGGGCGCAAAGUCGGCCAGUGGCAGCGAAGCCCAAAGAAUGGCUUUGAGCCCAUGCGCGAGAAUGUGCAGGGACCAGCGCCCUUGGACCUGAUUCCGCCCGUGUCCCCAGGGUCCCCAGCCCCAGCUGAAGAGCGGAUCGUGUGCCACGAGGUGCUGCGCGCACACAACGAGUCUGGGAGGUCUCUGGCAGCAGAAGCCAUCGCGAGCCAGGAAGGUGCUUGCGACGCAAGUCCUGCUUCUGCUGCGGUUUUGUCAGAAGGAUCGGUGGACGCCCGAUAUCUGGCACGAGAUGCAGUGCAUCCUUUCAUGCUGUGA